UUUUGCGCUCAAAAUUCGAAUUUUUUUUUAAACUGUUAAGACUUAACGGUUUUCUUGACAGUAGGGGUAAAAUAAAAGUUUUAGAAGUUUUGGUGGUAAAAAAUAAUUUUUUGAUUUUUUUUUUUUUUUUUGUGUGGUAAAAGUCAAAAUAUGAAAAAAUUAAAUGUUUAUCAAUUUGGGAAAUUUAUGAUAUUCAGUUUUAUGAUUCCUCAAUAAAUGUUUACUACAUUUCAAAAAUAAUCAAUUAAGGAUAUAAUCUCAUCUUACCCUUUUUUAAGCUUAAAUAUCUUCCUUUCAUGUUAUGAAUCUUUAAUUUCCUAAAAAAUAUUGUAUUAUUAUUAUUUCCUUAACUGCCACAAGCUUAUAGGCCACAUGUCUCACAUGCAUUGUCAUCAUCUUUGACCAGUACCUAAGACCACAUAUUUUUUAUGGCCUAAUGUCUUAACCUUUUGCCCUUUUGAUUAUAUAUACUCUCUUUCACUUUCAAAUAAAACGACAUCCUUAUCACAAACACCCAUAUUCAUACAACAAAAAUCCAUGGAAAUGGAGAAAAUGUACCUGUUCCCAUCUCUCUUUGUAAUAAUAGUCUUCCUUUACAAAAUCAUUUGGCCCUCUAAAGCAAACAUGAACCUCCCACCAAGUCCACCAUCAAUUCCUAUAUGGGGCCACCUACACCUACUCAAGCCCCCUUUCCACAAAACACUCCUUACCCUCUCUGAACGUUACGGCCCAAUCUUCUCUCUGCGUUUGGGCUUCCAGCCCCUUUUAGUAAUCUCUUCUCCAUCGGCUGUUGAGGAAUGCCUCAACAAAAACGACAUCGUAUUUGCUGACCGACCUAACUUCAUUGUUGGUAAGAUUUUAGGCUACAACUUUUCGAUCCUCAUAUGGUCCCCGUAUGGGGACCAUUGGAGAAAUCUCCGACGUGUUGGGGCCACAACUAUGUUUUCCUUUCGUAAGGUUAAUGAAGCAAGCCCCAGCCGAAAAAUUGAGAUCCAUAACAUGAUCUUAGAGAUUCUAACCAAGUCCGAGGGUGGGACCAAAAAAGUGAACUUAAAUAAAAUUUUUGAUAUGGUGGCACAUAGCUUUGUGAUGAGGGUAAUAAAUGGGAAGCCAUGGGAUAACAUGGAUUUGACACCCCCUAGUUCCAUGACAAUGUGUGAUUACUUUCCCAUCUUGAAGUGGGUAGGUUUUGGAUGGAUAAGUGAGAGAAAAUUGAAAAAGCUUUGGAAGAAGAGGGAUGAAUAUUUACAAAAUUUGCUUGAUGAAUGUAGAGAAGGUUUAAGAAGAUCAUCUUGUAAUGAGGAAGUUGCGACAAAAACUUUGAUUGAACAAUUGCUAGACAUGCAAGAAGCUAAACCUAAUUGCUACACCGAUGAAUUUAUUAAAAGUUUCAUUUUGAUGCAACUAUUAGCAGGAUCGGAAACUACAACUCAAACCUUGGAUUGGGCAAUGUCAAACCUCAUAGACAACCCCAAAAUCAUCGCAAAAGCAAGGGAAGAAAUUGAUCUACUUGUAGGUAAAGGAAGACUCGUAGAUGAAUCCGAUGUGCCAAAAUUGAACUACAUAAGUUGGAUAAUGUAUGAGACUAUAAGACUUUUCCCACCAGCACCACUUCUAUUCCCACAUUACUCAUCCAAAGACUGCAUUAUUGGAGGGUUCCAUGUAAAAAAAGGCACUAUGCUCUAUGUCAAUGCUUGGGCAAUACAAAGGGACCCUAACCUAUGGGAUGAGCCAAAUGUGUUUAAGCCGGAGAGGUUUGCGUAUGAGACCGAAGGGUACAAAUUUUUCCCCUUUGGGAUUGGCAGGAGGUCUUGCCCCGGCAACGCCUUUGCUAUUAGGAACAUCACUUUGGCUUUGGCUACUCUUAUCCAAUGUUUUGAUUGGGAUGUACCUGUGAAAGGUGGUGGCAAUAUUGGUCCUAAGGAAAAGCCUUUAGAGGCAAUUUUCCACCUUAGGUCUUCAAUGGUGGAUGUCGUUGCCCAACUCAAAGUUAAUUAAAUAUGUUUUAGUUGAAAGCUAUUAAAAUUAAGGGGGUGGUUUUUAAAUUUGAAUGUAGGAUCUAUUUAUGUUUUAUCUUUUAUUAUUAUUUUUAUAUGUUCUUGUGUACCCUUAAUUUAAAUAGCGAACUAAGAGUUUUAUUAUUCUUACCUCUAUUACUCCAAAAAAAAAUUUCUCUAUUAUUAUGCACCAUUAAAUAUUCAUCUCUAUUAUAUAAGACAAGAGAGGAGUUGUGGUGUUUAUCUAAAAAGACUUUAAUACCCCUCUUGACUAUCUAAAAAAACACUAAUGCCCCUCUUGUCUUACACUACAAUAUUGAAAAAUAAGUGGAAAAAAAAUCCUCCAUAAUCUUCUACUUUCACAAAUUUACAAUCAAGUAACUUUCUAAAUCAAAUAUAUACUUCGUUAUUUAUGAUGUUUUAAUCAGUGAUUUGUAAUGAAUCAAUUCCCUUAUCACCCCCGCCCUUGUGGCUCUUUAAACACCAAAAAAAAAAUCCCUUAUCAAUUAACUCAAAAUAUUCCCAAUCACAACAAGAUUUUUAAUUCAUCUAUUUUCUCUGCUACAAAUCAGUAAUUGCCUAAAUGAUUUCUAUAAAAUAAUCUAUUAAUCUAAUUGUACGUUCACUCAUUUGAUGUACUA